AUCAGAAUAGCGAAUUCUUAGAGGAAGUUGAUCAACGCAUCCUGACAUGUCCCACGUGACCCAAAGCGCGUAGUGCUAAAGUGGUCAGAUCUCGAGAAUGAUUCGGGUUUUCUUCGACAUUAUGGGAGGACUUGGAGUCCUUGAUGACCGCUUCUUCGGUAAUAUUCUUUUCCUCUCGAUUCUCCUCGAUUUCUCAAGCAUUUUUGUGUUUUGCAAAGUAUACAUUCUUUUGAAGGCGGUAAGCAAGUCAACUUCCCCGAAUACUGCUGUCAUAGAACAUACCGCCUUCCACACUGGGCGAGUCUUGUCACGUGAAGUGAUUGCGAUGUGUCAGCACAGCCUUAAUGCCUCAUUUCCCAGGCACUGAUUUGCUAUUCAAGGAAGUGGCUGUAGAAUUGGACGAAUGGAUGCUUAUAUUCGGCAGGGAGAUCGGUCAAAAAUCCGAUGGCAUAUUCCCAGUUCUCGGCCAGCCAUCAGCCGACUAUCCCGACCAUGCGAUUAGUCAAUUGGAAGCAGUUAAAUA